GACGACGAAAUCUAAGAGAGUUGUCGCCGUUCCCCACCAGACGACACUAGCGGUAUAGGAGAACUGCGAGAGGUAAAGUGGCGCACGACUUGUGCGAUAUAUCGCACUUGUGCAGUCAGACAUGGGUUGUCAAAUUCCAACACUUCUGACCCCUCUCAUUUCCACGUUGACUUCCGCGCAGUACCGUUCCAAGUUCCGCGUUCCAUGUAUAAGAAUAUACGAUUAUCGAUCGAAAUCGAAAACUGUUUAUUUAUAUUAUCACCAUAAGAAAAUGAUUUCAGAAUCGGAGAGUGACAAAAGUUGUGAGAAAGGACAAGAAGUAGCAAGAAGGAGGCUGGAUGAAGCUUUGAUACAGAAGAAAAAACAGUUCCAGAAUUUAAGGAACAUUAAAGGAAGAACAGUAAAACGGCGAGAUACGGAUAAACAACAGAGAUUUACUGCGUUCAAGGAGUCUUACAAAAGGAAAAAAGAGGUACCUCAAAGAAACAAGCCAUGGUCGGUUCUUGAGUGGCAAAACCAUUGGAAUUCUCUCGACCAAAGACAACAGGACAAUCUAGAUCGCAAGAAGUCUCACUGCCAUAUAAAUAUUGGUUCGAAGAUUAAUGAGAUGGCUGCGAAUUACAAUGCCUCAGUAAUUUGCUUAAUCCGUUACCCCAAUGGAACUCAACACACCAAGUAUGUGUUAGUAAGCGGAGGUGGAACUAAAUAUUCCAAAUCAAGAGACGGUCUUCUAACUGAACAACUCUGGCAUCGAUAUUGGAACAAAAAACAAAAGAAACGACAACAGUUAUGUGAGGAGAAUGGCCUGUGGCUUGAGAGAGCCAGUAAAAGAAAAAGAAAAGAGAGAACAGUGGAAAGGACAGAGAAAGAGAAAAGUAUGCAAUCAGAUUUAGAGAGACUAGAGAAAGAAGAAGACGAGGAAGUAUGGGACAAUCGAAAGGGGAAACAGAGGAAGAAAAAAAGACAAUUUGAUAAUGAGAGCGUAGAAAGUGAAGAAGAAUACAAUGAAAGAUUGGACAGCGGAAUAGAGAAUCAGAAAAUAGGAAAAUCACACAACGAGACAGUAGAAAGCGAAGAAGAAAACGACGAAAGAUUGGAAAGGGGGAUAUGGAAUCAGACAAUAGGACAAACACGUAAUGAGAGCGUAGAAAGAGAUGAAAAAAAUGAUGAAAGAUUAGACAGGGGAAUAUGGAAUCAGACAACAGGUGACUAUGGGAAUAAUGAGAGAGUAGAGAGCGAUGAAGAAAACGAUGAAAGAUUGGACAUGGGAAUAUGGAAUCAUAAUAAGAUUUAUAUGCAAAACAAAAAAAAACAAGUUUAAAAAAAUUUCUUUUUACAAAAAAGAAAAUAGGACAAACAGGUAAUGUAGAAAACGAAGAAGAAUACGACGGAAGAUUGGACAAAGGAAUAGGGAGCCAGAAAAUAAGACAAUCAGAUAACGAGAGCGUACGAAGCGAAGAAGAAAACUUUGAAAUAUGGGGGAAAAAAAUGGGGGAACAGGGUACAAAGCAAACAGACAAUGAGACUUUACAAAACGAAGAAGAAGACGAGGAAGGAAGGAGAAAAGAAAUGGGAAAACAGGAAAGGGAAGGAAGGAAAUUAUAUAAUGAAACAGCACAAAACGAAGUUUACGACGAGGAAAGAAGGAGCAAAGGCAUGGGAAAACAG